GGGUUAUUGGUUACUACUUACUAAACAUGCAAACUAAAAUGUAAACCUAAGACUAUCAACUAGGGAAGAACAUGGGAACAAAUAUGCAAACGUGGCACAGUUACAAAAAACGGCAACAUCCUAUAUUAGCGGCGACAAUGAAUCCGGGAGCAGUACCGAGGAUGGUUCCUGGCCGUUGCUAAGAGGCUUGAUCCAACGGCUGCUGUUUGCUCGAAAACCCACCCCCCACAAAAUUUUCCCUCCAUUUAUACUCCUUUCCCAGAUUUCCCUCCAUCCACCUUCGUCUUGCACCUCACCUCUUCAUUCAUUUGCAUCAUGUCUGUGGAUAAAAGUUGGCUUAACUCUCCACGUAACUCACCUGAGUACGAGCAAGGACUCAAUUCUUUUAUCGAGAUGUGCAAAGGACAGAUUGACAGCGAAGGGAAUGUUAGAUGUGCGUGUGCAAAAUGUAAAAAUUGUGGCUUAAUACCCUUCACAAAAAUGAAAUUUCAUAUGUAUUCUUUCGGUUUCUAUCGGUAUUACACGACAUGGGUCUAUCAUGGUGAAAGGCCACGGCCUCCCGUCAUAGUUGUAGAUGGCCAUGCGCCAAGAAAUGAUAAGGAUGGUGUUAUCAAAGACCUUACGGGGAAGCGUAAGGAAAAGGAUGCGAACCUUAACGAAGGGAACUCGGGUACAAAGAGUAAAUGUGUUCGUGAUGAUUUUGAAGACAUUUUUAAGGAAGAAUUAUAUCCUGGUUGUACCAAGUAUUCUACCGGUGACUUUUUAGCAAAGCUUAUGCAUCUCAAGGCGGAAGACGAAUUGACUGAUACUUCAAUUGAUCAGCUGCUCAAGUUGCUGCAAACUUCACUUCCAAAAGGCAACAAGGUUCCCCCUUCGUGUGAUGUAGCUAAAGAGAUGUUAAAGAAGACUGGUUUGGGGCAUCAAAUGUAGGAGACAAAAAUGAUGAAGAAGACGGGGACAGGAGCGGCGAUGAUGAUGAUAUGAUGUAAUUUUAUGUUUUAAGUAGGUUUAUGAAGCUUGUGACUUUAAUGUCCCAAAACUAGAAUGUUAUGUUUUUAGUAGGUUUAUGAAGCUUGUGACUUUAAUGUCCCAAAACUAGAAUGAAUGUUUAUGUAAUUUAUGUUUUUUUUAA